AUGGGAAAGCUGAUCGAGGUGUUUACACGAUUUGGCUAUCCUGAGCAGUUGAUAACGGACAAUGCGUCCUACUUCACUGCCAAACUCUUCGUGGACUCUUGUGCAGCUCUCGGCAUUAAGCACAGGAGAACAACCACGUACCAUGCCCAGGCGAAUCCCACUGAGCGUGUGAACCGCAACAUCAAGCACAUGCUCGUUGCAUUUGCGGGGACGCACAAUGAGUGGGACGCUUGUCUUUCUGAAAUUGGAUUUGCGAGCAGGUCGACAGUGAAUCGAUCGACUGGGUAUACACCCGCCACCCUCAACCUUGGGAGGGAGCUGUUGAAUCCGGUAGAACUUACUCUACAGGAACGAAGCAGCACGGAACUGGUUGUUUCGUCGGCACGCGCCGAUUAUGCGACUGGGCUGCGCGCGAAGGUAACGGAGGCUUUACGAAAAGCGCGACGGAACCUGAGCACUGCACGUGCCGAGCAGAAAGCGCAGUACGACCGCUCUCAUCGGGAAGUUCACUACAAAGUGGGCGACCUGGUGUUGAGACGGAAUCACGUCCUGAGCGACGCCAGUAAGAAAUUCUCAGCUUCUCUGGCGCCGAAAUGGACAGGACCGUACCGGGUGCGAGAGACUGUCUCUUCGCUCGUGUAUAGGCUGGCGGACUUGAAGUUAAGACCGAUCAGCCGACCAGUGCAUGUCUGUGAUCUCAAGCCCUACUACGACAGAGGGAACGAGUGGCCCGAGGAGAACGCUCUCCCGCGCCAGCAGGCAGUGGCAUCGGGUGGCACAGCUCGACGUUCGAGCCCAGUGCGGCGUUAUACCUUGCCAUCUCGGCAGAACUAA